AUGAUCCUCAAGCGCAAGCGAUCCGUCUCCGAACUGGGCUUGUCGCCCUCGCCGGCGUACGGCUCGCCGCCGCCGCCAAACGUCGAGCAGUUCACCAUGGACGUCUCGCCUCGCACCGCCGUCUUCGACAUCCCGCCGGCCCACCUCCCCAGCCGCACCUUCAAGCGCUUCCGCGACGGCAGGCCCUCGGACGACGAGGUUCAUGGUAUGUUCGCCGAGGCUUGGAUCCGCCGAGGCGAGAAUGCGCACUCACAGCCUUCCCUCCCCGCAGAGCAUACUCUCCAGCUCCUUUUCUCGGCCCAGCAUCAACAGCAACGGCCACCGGCGCAGCAACUUCAGCAGCACCUGCCGCUCCCGAUUCGCCCCGGCUCGCCGCCUCCCGCCUUGGCCUCCGUCCCGGUGCAGGAGACGAUGCCCCAGGGCGCUCCCUUGGCGGGCAACUUCCGACAGCAGCAGUCCUUGCACCGCUUCUGGGACAUCGGCUCAACGCCGACCUCGACCCCCUCGACCCCCGGCGCCGGGCGGCCGACGGUGACGACGCCGGCCACAACCCCGACGGGCUGCGAGGACUGCGGAGCCAGCUUGCGAGAUGGCUCGAAUGGCGACGCGAUGGAUGUCGACGACGUCGACGCCCAAAGCACCCUCUGUGGCGCCUGUGGCAAACACGUCUGCUUCAGCUGCUCCGUGAGCAACCUCGGCGAAGGGAAGCGUUGCCUGCAUUGCGCCGGCCGCACCCUCGGCAUGGACCGCCCCGGCUGGCCCAAGGCGGACGUGCCCGUCUGCUAG